CGCGGAGGCCGCUCGAUUGGCCGGGCCUUUCCCCUCCCCGCGCGGGGUCUGCCAGGCGUUGGGGAAAAUGGCGGCCCCCGUUGCCAACUCAGGUCCCAGCCCCGAUCCCGGCACCGGCUCGGCUCCCGCUGCCGGCUCCGGCGUGGGGCGGCUGCAGGAGGCGGCGCUGCGGCGGAGGGAGCGGCUCAAGGCCUUGCGGAGCCGGACAGCGGCUCACAAGAAUAAGGACAAUGGUGAACCUGAGAAUAAGCAGUUUAGAGAAGAUGAUGAAGAGGAUGCCACCAAACACAAGGAGCUCAAGCUACGAAAUUAUGUUCCUGAGGAUGAAGAUCUCAAGAAAAGGAAGGUGCCUCAGGCCAAGCCAGCCUCAGUGGAAGAUAAGGUGAAAGACCAACUAGAAGCAGCGAAGCCAGAGCCUAUUAUUGAAGAAGUGGAUUUGGCAAACCUCGCCCCCAGAAAGCCAGACUGGGAUUUAAAGCGAGACGUAGCCAAGAAACUGGAAAAACUGGAGAAGAGAACGCAAAGGGCGAUUGCUGAAUUGAUAAGAGAGCGAUUGAGAGGCCAAGAGGAAGAACUGGCAUCGGCUGUUGGAUCAGCAAAGCAGGAAGGAAGUGAUUCUGAUUAAGGAGGUCUGGUUGGCUGUCUCAGAGCACAGAUGCAUUGGGAUUUGUCAGAUUGGUCUUGUCACUCUUGCUAACAGAAUCCUUAACUCUCUUGGACUUGGGUAGAGGGUAGUCUCUCUCUCUGAGACUUGAAUGCUUUAGCCACAGCUCCUAAAGGGGCAGGUAUGGGGAGCCCUGCAGUCCUGUCCAGACCCACAAGCAUGUGGCUUGCUGUGUGUGAGCAUUUCACAUGGGAAUGCUCCAUGCAAUGUGCAUGCUGCGUACUGCGUUCUCAUUUCCCGGCGAGCGUGCCUGGCUCUCUGGCUCAGCUUCGCAGGGGGUGAUCGUUGCAGUAUGUGGUUUGAGAUUGCUGGGGGGAGGGUGUCCAAUGGAGCUUUUCUGGACUUUUGAUGAAGGAAAAGUUCUCGGAUAAAUCACUGGAUCAAAUUAAAGGAGCAAAUGGCUCAUGAGUGGCGUGCGGAACACCACAAAGCUCUGUGCUUAGCGAUCAUCCCUGGGAACUUCACAUGAGAAUUGUGGCCCCUUCCUACACUGGUCAGGGAAUGAUGGAGCAUCUUUCUAGCCCAAGCCGUGUUUAAGAGCAGUGAGCUGGAGAGGUGCGAAUGCUUUCUUUGGCCAGUGACCAUGUUUCUAUGCUGUGUGUGUGUGUGUGUGUGUGUGUGUGUGCGCGCGCGCGCACACGCACAUGCAUAUAGAGCCAACUCCUUUGCUGACCCCUUUUAUCUCUCCUGCAGUACAGCUGAGCACAUGGCAUAACUGGGUAAUAUACAAGAGGGGCUGGUGAACUGUCCUCACUUAAACGGAUGAGGGGUGGAGCCUCUCCUUGUAUGGGAGACUUUGCUGAGAGCAAGAAAAGACGAAUGACUGUACAAAAGAAUCCAGAUAUGGCCUUGCAGCUGGAGAGCUUUCUGUGUGGUCACUAAAAGCGGCCUCGCCUGUGCUCUAGCAGAGAUUCAUGUAAGAUUCAUAUUGUUCCCUUUUGCUUUCUGAUCCCCCCCACAUACAGGAGCUUGUGGAGCAUGUGCCAUAUCAGUGGGUUUUGUUAUGGAUAAUACUGGGCUGCAACAAGUAUUUUUUUUUUUUAUAAUAAAAUGAUCCGGCAACGGUGCAAAAUGUCCCGUUUCUGCGCUGGGCGCACCAAUUCAGCGGGGAGGCCGCAAGAGCAUGUGCUGCAGAGGUAGUUAAUUUCACAUUGGGUUUAGUCUGUGGGGCGGCUGCAUCUGCUUUGUGGGGGAGGGAGUGGUGCCCGGGCAGCAUCAGCUCAGGAGCACACAGGUGAGGAGUAGCAGUGGUGAACACGCCCCAUUCAGUGUCAGAUUAUUACUAUGACUUUCUAAAACCUGUGUCGAUAUUCACAGCUCUGCAGGAUCUUGGGCCUUUGACUCUUUUUUUUUAAAUAAUGAAUCCUUUUCAGUGGCUCUAACUUCACGGAGCGCGUCAGGGUGCGUUCCCAGGUCCCCUUUGUGAGAGUGGGGUCCCGUUUGCUCUGGGAUCUGGACUUGCCAACUCUUGGUUGAAUCACUGUUGUGGUAGCAGCAUUCCCAUAAGUGUGGGAUUUAUUUAAAAGCUCACUUUGUGUGGUAUAAAUGCGAAUCACUCUGAAGAUGUUGUCAAGGACAGACCUGUCCUAGAGAGCAGCUAGUGAUGAAGGUUGUAAACACUUUGAGGAAGAUGGAUAUGAAAAACAGAUGGAAAAAAGGGCCAAGUAUCAUGCCCACUCCUCAGUGGGAGCCUGCACUUUCCUAUGUGACAUCAGUUCGUGACCUUGCUAUUCACUGAUCAGACUAUACAGCCACAAGAGAACAGACCAGAUGCUGUGAUGUCAUCGUGGGAUAUGCUGGACAGCCUAUAUACAUUGAAAAGCAUUGGAGUUCCUGAGAUGCAACAUCUGGUGUUAAGAAUUUGACAAGGAUCUUUAGAGCAGAGUUUACACAGGAUACAAAUAAAUGUCCCUGCUAGUACAUACUGCUAGUUAGCUUGUUGAAAGCUGGGGAAAGGUGUUUGGUUAAACAUCUCUAGAUCAGUCUUCUGUCCACAAUUCAGGUGCAGAACGGGCCACAGGGAUUCACGCUUCUUCCGGGCUGUCCCAUGGACAUGCCUCGGUGCUGACCUGCAGCGGGGAGGAGAGGUUGAUCUCACAGUAAAGCAGUGUAAAAGACACCCCCUGCUUGGCAAACUGAGGGCACACAGCUCUCCAGAUUGUACCCUGGGUAAUGUCACAGGGAGCCACCCUCAACUGCGCUAAACGGGGUAUAAGAGGGGGUGGGAACAGGUGUUUUUAUCUGAUGGCAGGGCACCAUGGCCAUAUCACUUUUUACCCAUCUUAAGGAUGAGCGAGGUAGUAGAAAGGAGUGAGUGGGGAGUGGGUCCUCAGAGGGGGGGAAGAGGCGGAGCAGGGGGUGCCUUGGGGGAAGAGCCAGGCGGAGGAGGGACGGAGCUGCCCGUGGUCCACUGAGUGUCGUGGUUUCUGUUCAGCGAUUCCUAGAGCUGAAAUCACAGAUGACCAGGCCCAGGGGCUGGGGCCAACCGUCCCACACUACCCAGUGAAAUCCCUCAGAGCUGGGCCGGGGGACCUCCGAACACGGCAGUGGGAGCGAGUGGCAAGCAACGACAGCAGUAGAUAGACCAGUGACAGCAGCUGUGGAGGCAUUGCUCGAUGCCAUCUUCCCACCCCCACCCCACCCCGGCGGGGUGGUGGGUGGACCCAUGUGAACGUACCUCUGAACUCUGGAUCUUCACUAACCAGGGACAGCCAGCCGUGAGCGGGGCACAGCAGAGGGAGCAGGAAGUGGCAUGUUAAAGGGAUGUUGGUUCCUCAGACUUUCAUGACACAAAGUGGGAAACUGAGGCAAAGGACACUGCCCAACACGCUGUGGUGUGGGCAUGUGCUUUCAACUCAUGCUUGUGGAGCUUUCCAAAAUUCAUGCUUGGUCCCCUUUUCCCUUCUCAUCAACAUUUUAUUUUGUGACACUGACUCAGUGCUUGUGCGUGGGGAAGGAAGUAGGGCCUCUGAGAGGUGGUGGUGAAUUUUCCCACAUUACUGGAUGGGGGCUCCAGCCAGUUCUGGGUCGUAUUGUUAAGAGGAACCCUAGAUAUCGAACCCGCCCCUGGUCGCUGCCAGCUCCAUUUGGUGGAAGAGUUACACCAGCGUUAUACAAAACUCAGCGAGAGCUGGUCCAGAUAUUUCAGUCAAAGCAUUUCCCAGUGGAAAUAGGGGGUUAGGCCCAAAAUUGGUGAGAAAAGAUCCCUUGAUGUAAUGGUAGUAUUUUCUGACAGGAAAUUUUGACUUUGUUUAGUUUCUAAUUGAAUUUUUAGUUUUUGACAAUCAGAAUGUUUCCAUUUUAGGGGUUUCGUUGUUGCCCCACUUUCUCCUCUUUUUACUUUUCCACUGACAAAGGGGGAGAAAAAAAGAAACAAUUAAUUUUGGGGUUUUUCUUAAAAUAGACUAGAGCUAGAAUUUCCUGUUCAUUCCUCCUUCCCUGCCCUGAGGUACGUGCGCACCCCCCCUCCCCCAAGUGCCACAUGUGUCUGGGUGGGGGUGGUAAUUGCUCAACGGUCCUGUUGACUGUGUGUCUGUGUGACAGAUUGCACCAUCAGAGAUUUAUCCACACGAAUAAAUCACUAAACCUCCAAAAUAUCGACACUGGCUGCAGCUACCAUGGGAUGGAAACUGGGACUUUAGUUUCCCAUGCUGGGAUCCCAGGAGCUUCUUGGGUGCUUGACACAUCUUUUCUUCAAACACUAAGUAGCAUCAGCUUCAAGCUGGCAUCUCCAGGGGCACUGAUUCCCUAGUGGCCUCUAUUUUUGUAGCCAAAAGCCCCAGAAAGAGGCUCUCCAAGGUGGGGGUGGAGACCCCUAAGUUCUCUUACCCUCAGGCCUGACAGAGGCUGGGAACAAAAGAAGAUGCCGACAAGAAACUGAGACCGACUUGCCCACCCCAAACAUUCAAAAAUCAUGAGUCAGGCUCCAGAAAAUCUUGUCACCUCAUCACAGGCCUCCAGGAGCUGGUGCUUUAAGAAAAACUCCAAAUAUCGCAGGAGUCGUAAUAAAAGCAUGAGAGCUGGCGACACUGCUGAGAACUGGUGCUUUCGUCUCAGGAAUGGAACUGAGCUGUGUUUUCCUGCCGAAAAUGGGAAUGUCUUUCCACAGAUCAUGGAUGCCUUUCAAGGCUCAGGCAGGGUUUGGGCCGAGCCGGGCACUUGGGGAGCUGCAGUGACUGGGAGCAUGGAGAAGCCAGUGGGGAUUGGAGGUUAGGGGCUGGCUGAGCAGGGGGGAGCCUGAGGCUUGUUUGGGAUGGGGGUUGAGCCUGGGGGUGCUGCUUUGAGGUGCUGUUAUGGGUCAGAUGGUUUGGACUAUCUCAGGAUGGUUUGGACUAUCAGGGCAGAAUAACUGAAUGAGAAGACAGAGAGCCCCAGAGUUACUGUGCGCAGCCCUGAGAGACUUUGGGGGAAAUAGCAGAUGACUACCUCUCUGCUCCCCUUUGGGAUUACAGAUGGUGACUCACCUGUACAUAGAUUUUACCUGCUUUGAUCUCUCAAAAACUUUCUCUUUUUUUUAAGCUAAUAAACCUUUAGUUAGAUUAUUA